GGUUCGGUUUUGGGCUCUGUCAGUCAGAUAUGGCUCGUCGUCCGAGAGGGUCGGCGCUGAUGCUGGCGGUAACGAUCGUUACGCUCAGCUUAGCGAGCUUAGUGAAUCGGUGUUCUGGCGCAAGUGAUGAGCUCGACGAUCUGAACGCGGACGAAAGCAGAAACUAUCGGGAGUUGUUGAAUUUGCCGAAAUUCGGGGAUCGUCUGGCACCCCGGAAUAGGCCUCACGCCGCCGUGGAGGACGUCGCGAGUGUGCCUGGAUCAGUGGCUGGCGGCAGCAGUGGGGGAAUCAAGUUCCGUAGACAACCGGGAGGUGUGGGAAUAAGGCCGGAACAUUCGGCUGGAGUGAGCUAUCGAAAUGCUGGCCGAUUGGCGGGUCCAGCUGGAUCCGGGAAUCAGGGAGAAUUUCAUACGUCGUUGCCAAACGGUUUCAAUGAUAUUAAACGAAGUGAUGUAUUUGUGACUAGUGAAUCGAAAAAUCUACUGGAAGAUAGUGAUGAGUUCUAUACGAUGGCAGAUGAUAAAACAGAUCAACCCGCCACUGAACGAGGGAUAGAUGAGGUGAAAGAUGUUGAUGAAGAUUACGGGGAUGUGCAGGGAAGAAGUGCUACGGGCAGCAUUGAGCAACAUUCGCUGUUGUUGGAUGAAAGUGACAACAGUUUGGCACUGCUUCAGAAUGUUAGUGGUGGUUACAAUGCGUCUUCAGCGCAAGCUCAUCGCUUGGAAAUGUCGACCGAAUUCUUUGUAGUGCCAUCGACAGCUUCUCCGAUAAGUGCGCGAUCAACAACAGUGCGUCCUGGAGGAGUGGUGUUAGCUGCUCGUAAUCCUCCGGUGCAUAAGUUAAACGUGACUCCUCCGACAAUUGUUUCCACUAGCUAUCCAAGUGGAUUACGAAAGGAACCUUGGGUUGUACCGGUCCUGGUACUGGCAUCUCUGUCGAUGAUCAUGAUGGCUGCAUUCGAGAUAUUUGUUCUGUGCAAAGCGUGGCGAACAUCGCCAAGCCGCCGACAUCUGUUCCUGGGUCAAAUGCUACUCUUAGGACUGUUUGCCUGUUCAGGUUUGGCAGCAGUUCUUACAGUGAACCCUACCGUACUAUCGUGUGCUACAAUGCGUUUCGGCGCUGGUGUUGCCUUUGCCUUAGUGUUUGCCUCACUACUAGUGAAGUGUGUAUUUUUGAUCAGUCUCAACGGAGGAGUUUAUCUACCAGCUCCCUAUCAAGGGCUCCUCCUCCUAUUUGCUGUACUCAUCCAAGUAGCCGUUGGAGCACAAUGGCUUCUAACAUCUCCACCCAGUGUAGAUCAAGUACCGAUCAUGGGGAGUGGAACAGCUAUAUCGAGUCGUUACCACCUAGUGCUUUCAGCCGGAGAACUCACCCAUGUGAAUCCCACAAUUCCUUUGUGCCACACAACUUUCUCAGAACUCCUGCUAUCCCUAAUCUACGUAGUGUUCCUUAUAAUAUUUGUCGCUAUCCUAGCCAUCAAAUCGCGGGGUAUCCGGGAUAACUAUCGCGAAGCCACCUACAUCGGACUGGCAGUCGGUGGAAUCAUACCCAUUUGGCUAGGUUGGACUCUGUGCGGUCUGGCCGUAGCCGAUCGACAUCGGGACGCCUGUCUAGCGUUUGGACUCGUGGCCACGGCCUCGACAGUGUUCUUAGUGAUGUUCAUGCCCAAGGGUCGCCAACUGGCGGCCAUGGGCAAGGAAGGCCUGUACGUCGAAGAUCGAGAAGAACGGUUCAGCUCCCUCAGCAGAGCUGGUUCCGGAUAUUCACCGUCAUUCUUCCACUUCAAACCCAUCAAGUACGGGGUCAUGGGCACCUCACCGACCCUACAAACCAACACCAACGGAACGGUCGUAGGAACAACUACAACAUCGAAACACCAAGCCGUAGCAACAUUAGGCGGAGUUUGGGACCCGCUGGGAUGUCUCUGA